AUGGCGACGACCGUGUCAAUGGGUUCGCUCUUCACGAACCCCUCCUACAACAUGGGCUUCAACACUUCAGCGCUCGCCUCUCACAUGCUGCCGCACACCACCGACACCUACUGGAAUGCCUUCGGCGAGAUUUCGAAACAGAACAUCCAGCUCAAUUACUUCGAAAGACUAUGGGCGGCGUGGUAUGCGUUCAUGGGCAACGAUGUGCUUGCCACGGGCAUCAUGAGCUUCGUCAUGCAUGAGGUGGUGUAUUUUGGGCGGAGUCUGCCGUGGAUGAUUAUCGAUCGGAUACCUGCGUUCAACAAGUACAAGAUCCAGAAUCAAAAGAUCCCCUCCGCGAAAGAGCAAUGGGACUGCGCGAAACUAGUCCUCAUCUCCCACUUCACCGUUGAGCUCCCGCAGAUCUGGUUCUUCCACCCCAUGGCGCAGUACGUCGGCAUGUCCACCUCCGUCCCCUUUCCCUCGAUCUGGAGCAUGGCAUACCAGAUCGCCAUCUUCUUCGUGCUGGAAGACACAUGGCAUUACUGGAUGCACCGCGCGCUGCACUGGGGUCCGCUGUACAAGAACAUCCACAAGAUCCACCACCAAUACUCCGCUCCCUUCGGUCUGGCUGCAGAAUACGCCUCGCCGAUUGAAGUCAUGAUCCUCGGACUCGGGACGGUGUUCUCACCACUGCUGUACUGCGCCAUCACGAAGGACAUGCACAUCUUGACCAUGUACAUCUGGAUCAUGCUCCGCUUAUUCCAAGCUAUUGACGCGCACUCCGGGUACGAGUUCCCCUGGAGCCUGCACCAUUUCCUGCCUUUCUGGGCCGGUGCCGACCACCACGACGUGCAUCACGAGAAGUUCAUCGGGAACUACUCGAGUUCGUUCCGGUGGUGGGAUCUUGCGCUGGAUACCGAGAACAGCCCUGAGGCCAUGAAGAGGCGGCGGGAGCAGAGGUUGGCGAAGGCGCGAAAGGCGCAGUGA